AUGCAGGCAGAAUUAUCUAGAAGUCAAUUCGCACAAGAGACACUAGGUCUGUUCCCUCCCCUGCUUGUACUUGCGGCUUUGACUAAUUGUAUAACAGAGCAAUCGACCGCUGCGCUUUCAUCACUCUCGGAAUCUUAUACAGGGCUCGAUACUCUUUUAUCAUCGUCACGCAACCUUGUUGGUUCGCUGCUUCGCUCGCAAAAGUCCGACACCUGGUAUCUUGAAACUGCGUUUUACAUUCUAAUUGGCACCAUUGCAUGGCUUCUGUUUCGCCGGAUAUUAUACGGACCCAUGUGGUGGCUUGUAUGGUUGCCCAUUAGAUUAGCAGCGAAGCUCGUAUUCACCAUAUUGGGCGCGGUUGGCCUAUCCAGCAAAGCCGUUCAGCCUUCUCCGUCUGCUAUUUCUAGCCAAAGCCUAGCCCAGGAGGUGCCGGUUCCAACUCUUCAUACCGAGGCAAAUGUUCAGACUGCCGACGGCCAAGCUAGCUGGGACGUACCUCCAGUUGCGGAGGCAAAAGAAGACCGCAUGAUUGAUCAUAUUGGCAACAUGGUAGAGGACAAUGAAGUGGGAUACAGAGACGAGCCAACAGAAGUAAAUGAACAACAAGAAGAGGAGAAUGAGGAAACUAACAUCGAUGACAUUUCACCAGAAGAGAAACAGAGGCAAGCGGAACUACCUCGAAAUACGAAGAAGAGGAUGUAUGAGGCUACAGAAGUACUAGAAAACAGGAAAGAUGAGCUAUAG